AUGGGUUACAAUAUUGAGAUAGAUUACAGUAAGUUCAAAAUAGAAUGCAAAUCAGAUAAUGCAGUUGUUAAUAUUGAUGAUUUUCUUAAAAAUGACAUCAAACAUCUUAUUUAUACUCAAAGAUUUAUCGAGAUUCGAGAUAUUAUGGAAAAGAAUAAAAUACCACCAAAAAUGUUAUCAGAGUAUCUAAAUUUAAAAAUACAAUUGCCAUCAAGCAUAUUAAAGCAUAGCACAAAUGAGAUAAUUGAUUACAUUUUACGCAAGGCAAAAGAAAGCUAUGAGAAUGAUAACAAAACACGAAAGGUUGUAGACUUAACAGAUAGCGAAUUUUCUCAAUUUCCAAAAUCAAUUUCAGAAAAUCAAGUUGAGAAACCAAAUGAAUGGGAGAUAGAUCAAGUUAAAAAGAUGUUAUCAAACUAUAAAAUUGAUAUGAGUGAUGAGAUGAUUAAAUAUUAUCUCGAUUGGUUUGGUAGUUAUGAUAUUGCUAUAUCCUCGAUCUUACAAUCUAAACUAACAUCAGAUAAUCGGCUAACCCCUAUAUAA